AUGUUCAAAGUAUCAAAAGACGUACUGAAUAUUUCAGCGGGUGACUUUAUUAGCAAUAGGCGCAGGAUUGCGGUUUACGAGGCUUUAUACAAGAAAGUGUGGCGGAAAAGACACACAGGUCGCACGACUUCCUCAUCUAUAAUUGUUUACACGACAACUUUGACUGUGACGUUUAUAGCCAUAGUGAUGAGUAAUGACUUAGGUAAGAAAUGUGUGCAAUUCAACCUUGGCGCAAACAAAGUCUACACAACUUAUAGUGCGGAUGAAUAUGAUCGGUUCUGUUUAUCUGUCACUGUUCCCUUUUCUAAAAUGAGAUCAGAAGCAUUAGCUAUAGCAGCUGAGCAACAACCAUUAGACCAGAAAAUAACGAUAUCACCAAUAUCAACUACGUCUCUGUUAACAAUACAAACGCCUUCUAGUUUCGACAAACACACAAUGAAUGUUCAUACGCAAUCUAUCACUAUAAAUAAUAGCAAUUCACAAGAUCAUACCUGUUAUUCGUCAUCACCGCCAACGGCAGCUUCUAAGCGACGUCGACCCGAAAUCAUGCCAUUAGACUUAUCCAUGAUUCCCAAUGCUAAACGUAGAUAUCCUCCUUCUUCUUAUGACUUUACGCCAACUCCUACAGCUUAUAAUCUAGCAACUGUAGACGAACUUUGUUGUUGA